AGCUUUUGUGCUCCUGAGAAGUUGCUUGGCCUGCUGUGUUCAUCCAGCUCCACACUUUGUUAUCUUGGAUUCUCCAGCAUCUUGCAGUUCCCAUUAUCCCCUGUAUAACCUUACUUUGUCUUUCUGACCACCACACGAAGUAGUUUGUUUAGAAACAGCGCCGUAUGGGUUUUUUUCUCUCUGGCUAGAUGUGCGGGAAUGGAGACGUGGCGUCGAGCGGGACAGCUGCUGAGCGAGUCGUGGGCCGAAAUUAUUGGAUAAGAAAACACAGGCGACACGGUCGCCACCUGCAGCCUGCGGGCAAUGUCCCGGGCCCGCUGUAUUUUGUGGCCGUCAGAGGCAACGCCGAAUCCGAGAGACACACGCACUUGUUUGCAUGCGGCCGUAGUUUUUCAGUUCCUGUUUAAACACAGCAGCAAACAGCUUUAGUGAUGUGGUGAGAGCUGUUUAGCCCCAUUGGCAGCGCGGCUGGUGUUUGCGCGGUCGAUUCUGAUUUUUACAUAAAGUGCUACAAAGGCUGGACUGACCUUUUGCAAAAUUCACAUAAUAAAACAUUUCCAGCGCUGGUGCAAGCUUCAAGUCCUCUGAGUGAAAGGAGGGAGUGGUGAACACCAGGAUGCCUCAACUAACUGCAGCUGCUGCUUUGCAGAUUGGCUUAUUAAUAUCUGCACUUCCUGCACAGUAUAUUUUAUCUCGCUGGUCUGGCAGUGAUUCUGCUCAGCGCAUCCGGGCAUCAAGAAGGUUAAUCAAUAGCUGGAACCGCUUCAAAAACACUUAUUUAAAUGUACAAGCAUGGAAGGACUGGCUAAAAGAAUGGAGUUUAAAAGAAAGAUCUACCCAGCAUGAAGAUCCUCCUGGAGAGUCCCCAGCUAUGGAGGUAUUUCUAUUGAAUGAGAAUGAUGGAUACUUUGCAGACUCACCUGAGCCUCGCUCUCCCAGGCCACUGUCUGUCAAAUACAGAGUAGGACAAGUCUUCAGACACAGGCACGAUGGGUAUAUCGGUGUGAUUGUUGGCUGGGAUGAGAAAGCAAGAGCUCCGGAAGAAUGGCUUAACCAAAGAUAUCCUUCGGACAUGGAGAUUUUGAAAUAUACCCCCCAUUAUAAGGUUCUGAUUCACACAAAUGAUGGAAGAGAUUCAGAAACAGCCUAUGUUCCAGAGUUGGAUAUAGUUGUAUUAACUGGUGUACAGGUGUACCACCCGCUGUUAGUAUAUUAUUUCAGCAUGUUUGAUGGAGACCAGUACAUAAUGAUGCCAUGGCUGAUGCAAAUCUACCCACAUGACUGAAUGGUGACUAAUUAUAAAAUGAUGUAAGAAAUGUAUUUUGGACCAUAAUUUUUGUUUUGAAUCCUUUAAAUUGAUGAAGACCUCUAAAUGUGUAAUGUAUUUAGAGUAUAAUGCCAAAACUCUUUAAAGAAGAUGUAAAAAGUAUUGAUAUUAUCUACUGUCAUUUUUUGAUAAUUCUGGUUAAAAUAUGAAAUAACUGGCAGAUGAUUCAGUUAUUCUAUAAAAAUCAAAUGUAUAUUUUCUAUAUUUUUUGAGAUUAUUCAAUUCAUUUCUUCCUUGAACAGUGGCACAAUGUAUCAUAGGUUUCUUACCUACACACCCAUUUUCUCAAAUCUUGAUCAUUCACUGACCUUUUCCUGGCUUAUAGAAAGAAAAAUUAAAGGGAUAAGACAAUGUCUGACUCUCCAAUAGUAAUUUAUAACAUGUCCUUUCUAUUCCUAUAGCAACAGCACUAUGGUGUUGCUAAGUACAAAUUGAAACUUCCACUUUUCUGUACAUAAAUUGGAAUUGAUUUUUGAUUUUAACCUGCAAUACACUGAAAACUACAGGGUAGCUGCCUAGGCUUGUCUAUCUCCCUGAAUUAUAGCUGUGGAGUUUCUUUUAUUUCAACAUACCAGUUCACAAGCUUUUUCAUUCAGCAUAGCUUAGUAACAGAAUGAUUCACAUGUGAUCCAGUUCUGGGAGAGUUGAGUACCAGUAGGAGUGCUUUAGAAGGAGUUCCUGGUAAAAGGAAAUGUCAGCCAAGGUUCUUGCCUUUGACUGCUGGGAAGGGUAUUUCUAUUGAAGCUGAGCAUGGACAGGCUCGGCCUCCAAGAAAUAAUACUGAAUGAUACCCACUGGCCAUCUUUUUAAAUGAAGAUGGACCACCAUAGUAAGGCUCAUUAAAAUUAAUGGCAAGUGAUGGUGUUAAGACUGAAGGUUCUGUUCAUAUCACUAGAGAUCAAAUUUGUCCCUCCUUGAUUUAAUCUUCUAAUUUGGCUGCUCCAACAGACUAACCCAAACUUUUACCAUGUUUGAGCCAGCAAUAAGCUGCACACCCCACAUGCAAUCCAUUGCAAGUAUUUCCACCUCAGUAAUAUUCUCAACUGUAUCCAAACUUGAUAACUACUAUUACUAAACAUAACACGCCUUCUUUAUUUUCAGGCCUUUCUUUACCAGUACACCCCACAGAGGUAUCCUG